AUGGCUCCUCAUCCUUUGACGGCGUUGUCUGGAGAAGAGUUCAGGGCAGCAAGAGACAUUGUCGCCAAGCUCUUCGACUCAGACGUUUCGCUUUUCUUCAGAUGUAUCUUUCUGCAAGAACCCAAGAAGGAUGAACUCGUGCCGUAUCUUCAGGCAGAGCAUGCGGGCAAACUCAUGGAUGAAAUACCGCGGCCUCCACGUCGAGCAAAGGUUCAGUACGAUGUCAUCAGAGGCGGCAAGACGCCCGAGUAUACCCAGUCCGUGAUAGACCUGAAGACUGGCCGGGAAAUCGAUAGAACCGCGGCAGCACCACAAUCACAGACCAGCUAUACCCCCGAUGAGUUUGCAAUAUUCCAAGACGCCUGCGUGGCAUCUCAAAUGUUCAAAGAUGCUAUGGCAGAGUUCUCCCUCCCGAAGAACUUCACCGUCACCAUAGACCCAUGGCCCUACGGUGGCCCGGACGCCGACGAAGGGGACAUCGCGCGCCUGAUGCAGGGCCUCGUCUUCGCGCGUGACGCCUCUAAGAACAAUGUCGAUUCGAAUCAUUAUGGGUACCCAAUCCCCAUCAUCCCCGUCAUGGACGUGGCCACCAGGAAGAUCCUCCGCAUCGACAGACUCGCCACUGGCGGCGCGGGCGACGGCCUCGCUCCACACCCGCGCGCCUCGGAGCCCAAGUCUCUAUUUGUCAAGAACGUCUCCUCCGAGUACAUCCCCGAACUCCUCGAGGUCCCGCAGCGCGAGGAUCUGAAGCCCAUCAACAUCACCCAGCCCGAAGGUGCGUCGUUUGAAAUCCACCCGGACAACCUCGUCGAGUGGCAAAAGUGGCGGUUCCGUCUCGGCUUCACCCCCCGCGAGGGCGCCGUGCUAUACGACCUUUGUUACGAUAAUCGUCCGGUGCUGUAUCGUCUGAGCUACAGCGAGCUGACCGUCCCCUACGGCGACCCUCGUCCGCCCUUCCACCGCAAGCAAGCCUUUGAUCUCGGCGACGGAGGCUUUGGGCGCGUGGCGAACAACUUCGAGCUCGGCUGUGACUGUCUUGGCGCAAUACACUACUUUGACGCCCUGCUGGCUGACACGGAGGGGAACCCGACCCUGGCCAAGGCGGUGGUGUGUCUCCACGAGCAGGAUAACGGCAUCGGGUGGAAGCACACCAACUUCCGGACGAACCGGGCCGUAGUCACGAGGCUGCGGGAGCUGGUUGUACAGUGCGUCGUCACGCUGGCCAACUACGAGUACGUAUUCGCGUACAAGCUCGACACGGCGGGCGGGAUCACGCUAGAGACGCGGGCGACGGGCAUCAUGAGCGUCGUGGCCGUGGACGAGGGCAAGACGGAAUCGGCGUACGGCGCCGUCGUGGCCCCGGGCGUGCUGGCGCAGAACCACCAGCACAUUUUCGCCGUGCGCAUCGAUCCAGCGGUGGACUCGUACGCCGAGGGAGACACGCGCGUUGUGGUGGAGGAGAGCGUGCCCGUGCCGCUGAACCCGGAGACGAACCCGUACGGGAACUACUACGAGAUUCGGAAGCGGGCCGUGGAUCGGGCGAGCUGGAUCGAUGCGGAGCCGAGGCUGAACAGGGUGAUCAAGUUUGAGAAUAGGACCAAGAAGAAUGCCAUGUCGGGACGGAAUGUGGGGUUUAAGCUCACGCCGUCUGCUUCGCAGCUGCUGCUGGCGGACGAGACGAGCCAGGUGUCCAAGAGGGCCAAGUACGCGCGGCAUCAUGUUUGGAUCACAGGCCACCGUGACGACGAGCUUUGGGCCGCCGGGGAGUAUACGAACCAGAGUCGGGAGGAAGUUGGUGGGGUGUGGGAUAUGGUGCAACGAGGGGACUGGUUCGAUGACGAGCGUGAGGCGAAUGGGGAUGGUGAGAGCGGUGUCGUCCACGGCAGGAAGAGCAGUCCCGUCGUCUGGAGCGUGUUUGGGUUGACGCAUAAUCCCCGCGUGGAGGAUUGGCCUGUGAUGCCCGUCGAAAUCCAUCACCUCACUAUUCGUCCCGCAGACUUCUUCACCUCGAAUCCGGCGCUUGAUAUGCCCACCAGCAAGAACAAGACUAGUGUCAUUGUUCCGUGUUGCGGAGGACAAGAGACAAACGGGCAGAACGGCGGGAGUGGAGUGAACGGGGUUAGCAAGGAAGGACACAGGCAGACGGUGCAGGAUGCGGCUCUUACGCAUCUUCAGGGGCCUGGGCCGGAUGUUCCGGCCGAGGAGGCGGGCGCGCAUACGGAGAGGAGGGAGUGA